UGAGUACAUCGAUCAUGUCGAGUGCAAAAAGAAAGUAGAAGUAGUUCCAAUUAUUUCUGGCCAUUAAGGUCGCAGACGAAGCAACCAGAGAAAUACAGGUGAAAAAUACACAGACUCUCGACGUGCGCUGUACUAGCACUUAAGUAGCUCCAUUGACUCUGUUCCGCGUUUGCCGUGGACCCCCGGUCGCCCCAGGCACGGCGGACCAGUCAAGGGCCAGGUGUAUCCACACUCAUCAUCUCGCCAGUAGAGAGUCCGACCUUUAGUUGACGGGAGAAUAAAUAUGUGAGGAACAGGACGCAUUUCCCUUUCCUACCGUGAUGGCCUGCUGGCAAGCACAGCAGCUGCAACUGCCAUGCGAAGGCUGCGAAAACAGAAACGAGAACGACCUUCCGUUUGGGUAAACGACGAUGCUGCAAUCACCCGCCGAUUGUAAUUUAGCUUUUCCGCCUAUUUUGACGGCGAAGCGACCACGAUCGUGCAGUGUAGACGAUGGUGAUGGUUCACCAGCACUCAGCGCCGCACCGAGCUGGAAAAGAAAACGGGUCACACUUGGCCCCUCUGAGCAGAUUGCUCCGGGACGAUUUUUUCUGUGCUUGAUUUCCGCAUACUGCUGGAGUUGGUGUUUUCAUCCCGCCCUUCAUUCCCUCACCGUCGGUCAUGGCUUUUUUGCCGCGGCCUACCAGCACAGCCGGGCUCUACCGCGAAACGAGGGGACGGCGCAGAUAGUCUCGCAAGGAAGUAGUGGUAUCGGCGGGAGCGGAGUCAAAACCCAGAAAUUUAUGACCCUGAUUGUUGAGCAAGGAAGGCUCGACACAGGAAAGACAAAGAAGUCCACCACGGAAAAUACUAUUGGUGGGCAGGCCACGUCGAGCGAAGCCGACACAGAAACCGCGACCAGAAGAAACAGCGAGGUUGCGGCAUCCAGGGAAGCGGAAAAUGAAAGCGCAUCAGCCUUCGAGGAGGUGCAGCCGACAAGUGCCUCUGCCCGACAAAGACCCGCUGGACACCCGAACUACAGCAGAGAGAGCCUCGCGAAAAAACGCGCACAAGAUUACGAGAGCGAAAAAGGAAAAGCCGUGGCGCAGCUUGCUGCUCAUGCAUCAAAUGACAAAAGGAAUAAGGCAGCAGCAGCGCCUUCAAGUGGCGGCAUGAACAGAGAGGAAAAUAUGCAAGAAGUUGCUACGCCUGCACGAGCAGUCGAAAACAAGGCAUUCAAGAAGAUGAAGAGCGAAGGCACCGAAGUGAUCACAAAUGUCGUUCCAAGCCACACAAUUCAAGUGCAGCAGGAUGAAGUACCGGAAGAAGAGACUGUAGACCAAGAAGAGGAAACGUAUGAUACACAAAUGCCUUCUAUUAUUUUAGUAUGCAUGUCUUGCUCAGGUGGCCACGGUCCUCAUCUGCAUAUCUGUGAUGCUGAAGAAUCUAGAAUCGAGAUCGACUGCGGGAAUGUCAACGCUCUAUCUUCUUCACACAGCCUCUAGGCCAACCAAGCAUCAGAAACUUUUUGUUCCCAAUCGUAUUUACCAGAAUUGAAAGUCUGAGUAACACUAUGCAGGGCCCUUGUUGUUGCAUGACGACGAACACGAACGUUCACGCUGCCGCGGUUUUCUUGUUGGCCACUACUUUCUUGUAGUGAGCGCUUAUCACUCCAUUGCAGUCCGUAAAGCCUGUAUCGAGUGACUAACUGAUGAAUGAGAUGAAUCUCUGUCCAGACCGUGUGUGUGCCACAACAGAGACACAGUAUUUGUAUUGCAUACAACGAAGUCGCAGUCGAACGCAGGUCCGAGUACCGUGAUCGGGCCGACGCAAAUGAUCCGGAGAACCACACGCGAGGGCGAACCUGUAGCUGAGGCCGCCACCGAAACCAUUUUCGGGAGCGGCGAACACAAGAGUACCCCAGGAGGGGCGUCGCGCCAGAUCGUGGGCGAGACUUCGCAGGAAAGGAUUGCCAUGCUGAAGGAGCUGAAGACGCAGGAGCAGGCUAAACUGCUUCGGUCGAAGCAACCGGAGGCCGGACUGCAACCAAGCACGGAGGCCAAUGCAAGGGUAAGGGAGGCAACCAACAAACAUGGAACAAUGGAAGCCGAUGUUGGCCAAAAGCAUCGACAACCUGCGCAACUGAUCAAGAGCCCCAGUGAUGUUGCCGCGGAAUUGCUGCGAAAACGGGUUGCAAGCGAGAAAGAGAAGCAAAAGAAGCUUGCUGCCACUGCGAAAAGAAUGACGGUGAACGUGAUGGAGGCUGCCGCGAAACGAAUGGAUUUCGCCGUUUCGUCAAGUACUUCCGGGACCGCGAUGAGCUUCGGCGUGACAGCGAAUCCAAACGGAAACAAGCUGAAAUUCAAUGUGGUGCAGUCUGGCAAUCUUCAAGACGCCAAGGCGAAGGAGAUGGCUGGCUCUGCCGCUCCUGUGCCUCUUCAGGACGGAGCGGGCGAGCCUCAAGCAACGGGAACGACCUCGGGAGCAGCUUUGUCUCAUUCCAAAAGGACGAAGAGCGGAGGACAAGGACAGGACAAAGCAACAGCAGGGACGACGACCUCGCUAUCCUCGGGAAUGUUCUCAAAGAAAAUCACAAGGACCGGGCUACACGCAGCGGUAACUUCACUCAGCGUCGACGAUGUAUAAUAUUGGAAAGUGGGCGUUGUAUAUCGGUCAAGAAAGUGUGUAUCGUUAGUGAGAUUGGUGCAUCGACGGCGGGCUCCUGCAAACAAACUACAAAAAGUCGCAAACAACGUGCGUUCCGUGCGAUACGAAUCCCAACCGCCUCUGCACGUAUGCCGUACAUAGGAGAUGAAAAGUUUCGCUACCGCUAACACUUUUUUGCGUGAUAUCCUAGUCCAUUCUGCUCCACAUCAAACUACCGAUUCAAUAUUUCCAGUUGUUGUUUUCUUUUUGAUUUUGAAGUAGGACCCUCUAGCAUCUUCUGGCAAGACGUUGCGAAAGUUGCUCACAUCCCCGAGCGAGGAAGGCCCGAUCAUCGCUCGUGGAAUCAUGUAGCCUACUGGCAAGGCAGCCGCAGCUGCACAUUUCAAGUUCUCGUCAAAGUAACAAAUCACUGGAAAUGCGUAUGCAUGAUCAGCACCAGCAGCGGCAGGCGGAGCAUUGUUGCACACUUGUACUUCUUGCUAUCCAUGGCCAUGGGUUGCCUUUUCAAGACAAUGUCAGGCUCCGCGCCGUAGUGGAGCAACAAUGCAAAUUUCUUUUGCCGAAGCAGUGGCACCAGCCACUUUGACUUUCGCCUAACAAAAUGGGGAAGCAGCUGGAGGUGUGGUAGCAGUACGGUUGGACGACAGCGACUUUCCAUGGAAUAGCAUGUCUGCGAACGGAAGGAAAAUAAGAAUCUCAAUGGUCACAACGCGGCAGAUCUCGCCUCAGGACUCGUGCCGGGUCAUCUCACCUUUGAGGAGUGCCGGGAUUGGUGCCGCAGAUCGAGUGACUGCACGGGUUUUAUGCAAGGCAAAUAGAAAUACUGUAGAUUUGCCGCAUAUCAUCGGGGAUACGCUCGCUCUGUAGCCGCCAGAGAAAAUAAAUUUCUUUGGUGGUUUCCUUCAUAUCAAGAAAGUCAAAGUGUAGAAAUAACAAGCGACAGAUCUGGAUAGUAAAAAAAUCAUAUAAUUGAACUUCAGUUUCAGACAUGCACAGAAAAAUCCUUCGGAUCGCGAAUAAACGGAGGAGGCUUGUAUUUUGUGAAAGAACAUCAAUGUUGAGUACUAGCGGCCCUGCGCCAAGAGUUUUACAGGCUCUCUCAUGGAUUUGCUUUCUUUGUUGAAGGCGCCACGAGUUCAUCUACGCUGCAAGAGCGUCUGCAUUGGUAUGUCUAUCUAUGGGCUGAUGUCCGGUAAAUCAAUUUUUGAGUUGGAUAGGAGUUGUGCACGAUGGUGGAGCUGCUUCAACCGCGGACAACUGUGUAAUAAAGACAUCCCACGACGAUCUUGACGUAGUGGACCAGCAGGGGCAGACGUACGUGCAGAUGACCGACGAGUGUCGGUCCGCACUACACCAGGACAUUGACGACGUAUGCGAAAAGCAGCUCCGCAAGACUCUCAACGGCAAGGAUCUCAUUGCAGGGGGUACAGGCGGCCGCGUCAAGGGUCGCCUAACAUACGAUGAGUGUCUUGAUUGGUGUGCGAAAAAUUCCGACUGUAUUGAGAUGCAGCACCUUACCACUAGUACCGUGAGAUAUGCACUUGUUUUCCAGAAAUGAUCACCACUUCCCGCGAACGCCGCCGGGCCGACCUUCAUUGGUAGAAGCUAGUUAAUUAUAAUAGAUGACUGUCGGAGGUAUCAUGUGCUGUAGUCUCUCCAGGACCAAAGACUAGCCAGCUAUAAUAUGAAAAACCAGUCGUGCUCGUGGUCAUUUAUGAUUCAACAUGAAAAUGUAGUGUUGCAGCUAGGGUCCAGCCAACCGCCCGGACGGUCCCUGUGAAAACAGCCUACCGGAGGAGGAUUAUCGGCUGAAUUUGUGAAAGAUAAUGAAAAUAUCUGCUCUGAUACGCUAGGUAUCUAUACAACUGUUGGUAUCAACAUUUACACAUAUGAAAGCAAGGCAUUUUGUGCCUACCCCUCCCAAGGCGCCGGGCGGGCGGAGAGUUUUGUUGUUUACACUCGACCGGUUGCGGUUUUUUUUUUGGUGAAAACGAAAGUAAAUAUAAAGUACAAAUAAUCCGUAUUUUGAUACGCUGGCGGUAAGGUCCUGCACCGGAAUAAAUUGCACGGGAUUUGUCCACGUGCGACAAGAACAAAACUACAAAGAAGACAAUUGCGCGGCGAAAGGUCAACACAACGAAACCGACGUAAGCGACGACGACGGGACCGACUACACGGUCAUGACGGACGAUUGUCGAGCCGCAAAGGCGCCUUUGCAGUACUACCCGCCGAUUGAUAUCAACGAUGCCUGCGGGAAGGACGUUGACCAUGACCACCCAGGCAAUGCUCUGGACGGCAACCCAGGCGCCGGAGGCCCAGACGACCGGGUGCCGGGACAUAAAACGUACGACGAAUGCCUAGCGUGGUGCGCGGCAGAGGGUACUUGCGAGGGCUUUUCAUUUGUGAACGGUCUGGCAGACACGGAAGACAAUUGUGUGGUGAAAGCGGUGCACGAUUAUGGGACUAGGGUAGCGUUGGCGCAGACGGACUACACCAGAAUGACACGAGCCUGCCGAUUUGCGAAAUUAUCCCGGGAAAGAAGCGUAUUGUCUCCUUCUUUAGAGGUGAACAUCUCUGCGGCAAUCCUCCUUGCGCAUGACAGAAAACAAGAACUUCCGAAGCCUGCGCACUAACACGAGAAAGACUAGUCAUCUGGCGACUUUUUGUCCAUGGAGGAGCGAGAUCUUGCGCUCCUCAUUUACUUUUAUCACUACCAGCACCAGGACCAGCGGUGCCUGCGUAAAGUUAGUCAUGAUCGCUCGUGAUGACUUGACCACCUAAAAGUAUUUCACUAACAUCAGCGCAAUGGCUGUGUGUCGGUUGUAUGUUCUGCAUUGCAGCAGGUUAUUUUUCCACUAGUCUAUACGCAUUUUUUUCUUGGAUAGGGAUUCCCCCAGUCCUACUACCCCGCGAACAACAUCAAUGGACUCUGCGCACGAGAUAUGCAUUGCAGUGCAUGUCGAUGUCUGAGUCUGAAUUUGUGAUACGUCUGCUAAUUUACGUAACACAACCAAGAUGUGCAUUGCAAAUGAAGCGCCCGCGCUUGAUGUUGAUGUUACUUUCCAGAGCGCGACAUCAAAUAUUCAGUUUCAGAUACAGAUUUUACAUUUGAUACGAGAAGGCAACAAGCAGCUGACAGGAAACACGCUUGAAGACGUCGCGGAGAGCAAGACAUUCGAAGAAUGCCGGGAAUUGUGCGCACGGAGCAUGGCGUGCACUGGAUUCGUGUUUCAGAAGUACAACAGCACUGGCAUUACCUGCGAGCUGAAGUCGGAGCACCCCGCAUCCGGAGAUUCGGCGUAUCCAAGAAAAAAACGCUGUAGGUGUAACUCUUUUGGAGGAACAGCAUCACAAAUCUGUGUGGCAUGACAGCAAAAACCUGUCAUGCGCAGAUAGUAUGCGAAAACGCCCUGUAAUGGGACCUACAAUGCAUGCCAAGCAUGACAGACGCAAUCACUUUGCAUGUUGCGCAUCACCAAUUUACACUAACAGCGUUUUUUUCUUGGAUACGGCGUGGGAGUCAGUCACUACAGCCGACUACGUGCAGAUGACGCGCCCCUGCCGGGCUGCCGUAAUUCCGUACGUGCGCACCAAGACCAGGAAUUGCACAGCGGGCGACGCGGUGACGUUCAAAACGAAAUACGUGGAAGCGAACGGCACGGAGCUCGAGGGCCUACAAAACCGCGCGCCGUUUUCUUUUGCAGAUGUCCAGUGGAUCUGUGACCAAGUGACCGUUGGGGUGAACCGCACGCGCGGGGUCCUCGUGUACAAGAAGGGCGUUGGGUUGGGCGCGUCGGGGUUUCCGUCUCCGUACAAUAUCGACGCAAGUGACAUACGAAGUGAAAAUUGUAAACAUCUCCGGGUGCUGCUGCUGUGCACGAGAACGAAGGCAAAAAACCUUCACAUGGACCGGGUGCGGGGGCACUCACUUCCUCGUCAUGCAGGAUGAAAAUAAAAAUAAAUAGCUGUAGUAGCGACGAAUUCGAAUACGUAUUGGUUUCCUUUGGUUUUUUGAAAAUGUUGACCGAACCCUCCCUCGGAAUAGUGAAAAGGGUUCGGACCUGUGACACAGCUGUACACAAAAAAGCGUAAGUAUUUUAAAAACUUGCACUGCGCAACUUCAUAAGUAUUGAUCGUCAUCAUCGUCAACGUCAUCGUCGUCCAGUGAAGACGAGAUACACAAUUAUUGAGCCCGUGGUGGUGUAGACGCUGCACCAUAACGUUGUGCACUCUAUUGGCAGACGACCACCCGGUCAUGAUGUAAUUUGCACUCGAUGAGUCCAGGUCACACAUAAUUUCCUCGCCUGCAAGGAAGAGCUUUCUGAUGUGGAGGUGCGGCAUUGCACCGUCGGGUACUUCUGUUCGGCGUGCGUGAAGGCCACUUCCCGGUGCACCAGGGGCAAAAGGCAGAACGCCGGCGUGUCGGUAUACAAUGCCACGCAGGUGAUCGAUUUCAAAACCCAGGAAGCGGAAGACGAGAGGCGGCCCAAGCUUCCGCUCCUACAAGUGAUCGACGUGGUCAAUUGUGAAGUCGCAACACGAUAG